CCUAAAAGCUACGAUCAAUUCAACAGUCAGGAUAGGAUGUCGAAAGAUAAUAAUAGCCUACGGCUUCUUGGUUCGCCAGUAAAUUUAACUUACAGAAGUAAGAAAAAGGAAGACAGAAAGAACACAAAAAAUCGUCCACGGUCUGCCCUACAAAAUUCUUGCUCACCGGAUAUUCAAGAAAGGUAUAAAAGACCUUUCUCAGCCGAUACUAAGGAUCGUGCACCUUCAACUAGGUCCUUCUUGAAAGCUUUUAGCGCUGAAUUGAUACAAUCAUAUGACAAUUCACCAUUAAGCGUGAAAGUGUUACCACCAACUGAAAAAUUGUUGUCAAACUCAAAAGAUCAAUUAGACCAGACCAUCAAAACUAAUAGAGACAUAAGUAGUAAUGCUUCGGACUUUGGUUCAGAAGAUACUUUUAUGAGUCUAGGUACUAAGAUCAAAGCGAAAGCACAGUCCGGCUUUAAACAUAGAAAUAGUAAUACAAAAAACUAUAUAAAGUACCGAAACAUUGCUAAAAAGGGUCGUAAACAAAUGGAAUCUUCAUUUAGUGAUGAAAGAAAUAAUAUUGAUAAUAAUUAUGGCCUAGAAGUCACAAUAACAGAAAAACCAAGGUCACCUUGGCCAUCAAGAAAUAAAGAUUUGAUUCAAAUGAGAAAUGCCCCGUCUCACGUUAAAAAUAAAAAUUACGAAGCAUAUUUUUUCUCAAUUGAUGGUGACAUUAAGACUACAGAUGGAUUAUCAGGUCGAGUAUCUUUUGCUCCUGGUAAUUCAGAAAUAGAACGAUCUUUGGAUCCCUACACACAUAGUCUUGGCUUAACCAAACAGCAGUUGUCUUUAGUUGAGGAAGAGUCAACACAGGACCUUGACAGUAUUCCUUCUCAAACUAUGCUUGACUUGUCACGAAAAUCCUCUUUAGAUAAUGAUGGAAAAAAUUUAGGUCACGAUGAUAUCACAGAUGUUUCAAAAUAUAAAACUCAAGAUAAAAUUUGUAACUACUCAAAACCAACCGCCUUAACGAUUGAUACUCAGAACUAUAGCAAUUUUUAUAAAGAUUUUCAUAAUAGUCAAGAUGCUGCUAAAACUAAAUUUUCUAGUACCGCUAUCCAUACUGAUACAAGUUCAAAAGAUUCAGGCUAUCCUGAUAGCGGGCUAAGAGAAGAAAAAGCCAUGUCAUCGAAGUACUCUUUACCUUCAACAUCAUUUUUCCAAAAAACUGAUUUUAAAUUAGAAACGCAAGAUCAUCCAAAGAGCUUAGAGUAUCCAAUCACUAAAGAGUAUUGCGAUGAUUUGGGGGGAAAAUGGAUGGAGCCCUUAAAUCAUAGCCGUUUGCUUUAUAAAGAUUUCUUCUUGAAGAAAGAAGGUCACGUCGCUUUGCCACCGCAGAACACACCUACAAAAAAUGAAGGUACUAUUCCCGGUACUAGCAAGCAUGAUUCUGACAAAACUGAGCAAGAAAAUGAUAAUUUAGAGUAUCCUACAUAUCUUUUGAAUAGUACAACAAAGGCAUACACUUCUAAAGUCAUUGAAGAUUAUAAAAAAGAAUUAGAAGCCAUAAAUAAUCUACAUGAGCUUACAUUAAAAGAUAUAAAAACAGAUGCUAUAUCUCCAACGCCUCUUAACAUAGAUGAAAUGUUCGAACAACAUUCUAGCAACUUCUCUGAUGAUAAAAAGGAAUUAAGUGAAAAUUCCCAAGUUGAUUCUAAUAUAAGCGAUAUGCCAACUACGAGUGACAAAAACUCCUUAGACAUGCAUAAACAAGAUGUAUCUAAAGUUACUACAAAAGAGUUAAUACAAAACUAUUUAAAAGUAAAGAACGAUUACACAAAGGAAGGUACUUCUAAAAAUGUUAAAAAAUUUGAUAAGAAACUAAAUAAUAUGAAUUCAAAACUUGAAGAAAACUCAAGUUAUAAACAGUAUUGGAAUAACAGGAACACGAAGAUCCUAGCUGAUAAAAGCAAUUUACCUGCUAAUAUGAGACCUCAAAAGAACGCAUUUACAAUGCGAACACCACUGAGCGCAAGAAUAGAUAGCGUUCAAAAUGAUAAAGAUAUUGAAUCUUGGAUGUCACUCUCUGCUCCAUCUCCACGAGUACUUGCAAUAGACAACGUAGAAGCUAAAAUCGAGGAGCCAGCUGAGCCAAAUUCUAAAACACCUGAAAAAGUUGAAACUGAAGUAAAAGUGCCUAGUCCUGUAUCAACAUCAUUAGAAUCUCAGGCACCCAAAGAGCUUAACUCAAAAUCAACAGUUCUGGAUAUUUAUUCGAUGUUAAAAGAAAUUGAAAGCUAUGGAGAUAAUCCUGUAACCUCGGUGACGAAUUCAAAUGUUACAACAACCGAACCUGAAGCUAAAGAACAAGAAAGAUCCGAUACUCCUAAAGAUAAUUUCAUGGAAAUUUUCGAAUUUCUGGAAAAAGUAGAACAAAGUGCAAACGAUGCUUUAUCUGUUGUAACAAACUCAACUCCUCAAACGAUUCCAAAAUUAGAAGCUCUUCUCAAGCUUCCUCAAACUGAAUUAGCGCAAAGAUUGGUAACUGCAUCAUUGCAACUGGAAGAAAGGUCUUGCUGCAUCGCGUUACUACAAGAAAGUCUCGCUAAUCACAAGGAGCAGAUGAUAUCUAAAGUAAGCAACUUAGAAAAGCAGUCUCAUCGUAACGUCACUAGAGUAAAGCAAGAGUGUGAAGAAACUAUCAAGAGGCACCAGAAUUUUAUAGAUCAGCUAAUAAACGACAAGAAAACUCUAAAUCAUCGCAUCGAACAAUUGGUUGACGAACGUCGUUCUCUAGAAGAUCGUUGGAAGAGAUCUGCCCAAGCGCUUGAAGAAAGGUACAAGUUGGAACUUCGGAACCAACACGACAAAAUGGCGGCCGCGCAACAGGUUGCUAGGCAACGCUGGGUGCGACAGAAAGCUGAAAAGAUAAAGGAAUUAACAGUGAAAGGAUUAGAGGGAGAACUCCGCGAGAUGGCAGAACGACAGCAGAAGGAGAUAUCCGACUUGAAGAUGUAUCACGCAGAACAAAAUGGCAGACUUACCGCUAAGCAUGCAGCAGAGUUAGAAGAAUUGAGAAGAACUCUAGAAGAUGAGAAGGAAGCCGCUCUAGUGAAAGAGAGACAACUUGCCAGUUCUAGAAUGGAGAAACAAAUUCUUGAGCUAGAAGUAACGUAUCAAGAACAACGGACUCGUCUCGUCGCGGAGAUGAGGGCGGAGAAUGACCGGGUAGCCGCCGAACUAGUCGAGAGGGAGAAAAUACAGAAACUGAAAUUUGAAAAAUGGAAAAUGGAUCAAGAACAGCUAUUUGAAGAAAAUAAACGGAAAUUGGAACAGGCUAUUGAAGAUGAGAGGGAGAAAAUUGUGGAGCAAUUAAAACAAAAACGAAACGAGCUCGAGCAAGAGUUCGAACGUUACAAGAAAGAAUACGAAGCGAGUCAGCAAGUGCUCUUGAGGAAGAGAGAGACGGAGAUAGCGGCGCAGUACAAGUUGGAGAGAGACAGAGAGAUAGAGAAGGCAAUAGAGAGUAUGGAUGCUGAGGCUCAAAUGGGGAGGAAGGAGCUACAAGACGCGAUGAGACGUAAUAAAGAGCAGUACGAGAUAGAGCUAAAAGAACUCGCAGAGACAGAGCAGGCGACUCUCAAGCGGUACCAACAAGCGCAGGCAAGAGUGAGGGAGACGGAAGAUCGAUGUGCGGAACUCGAAGUUACAAUCAGUCAACUUGAGACGAGAAACAGAGUUUUAACAGAAAAAAACUCCCAAUUAGAAGCGAGGGCUGAGGAAAUAAAGACCAGUUGUGAGGAAUCCUGGCGAAGUAAAGUUGAGGAACUAGAGAAGGUCAUAGAAGAUAUGAAAAAGAAGCAUGAUGAACAGAUGCACCAACUGUAUGCCAAGGUUAAAGUAGCAGUCGCAAGAAAAGACUCAGCCAUACAAGCGUUAACCCGAGAGACGGCGAAGUACCAGGAGAAGAUAACUCUACUGGAGCAGAAACUGCAACAACAGAGAAAGGACUUCCUGAAGUCUAAAUAG